AUGAUACUUGCGAAAUCCACCGCAAUGGCCACCGCUUCAUUCUUCGCAACCGUCAACACAGAUGUGACACCUCUGCUUAGUUCUUCCUCUGUUAUCAUCGGAAAACCAUCUUUAUCGAAGACCAUCUCCGUCAGAUCCUCCCUGUCAUUUUCCCGCAAAACUCGAAUAACUCCAAUCCGAGCCGCCGAUCAAUCGCCCGCUGUCGCCGUCUCUUCUCCCGCCGUGGAGGGAAUCGCCAAUCGAUCCCAAACCUCAUUGAAAUCCCGGCUCCGUGGAGGGGAAACUCUCUACGGCUUGUUUCUACUCUCCUUCUCGCCGACUUUAGCCGAGAUCGCUGCUCACUCCGGAUACGAUUACGUCGUCGUUGACAUGGAACACGGUCACGGCGGAAUACCGGAGGCACUUGACUGCAUCCGAGCUCUUAACGCCGCCGGCACAGCCGCCAUUCUCAGGUUGCCGGAAAACUGCCAAACCUGGGCCAAGAAAGCCCUAGAUCUAGGCCCACAGGGAAUCAUGUUCCCAAUGAUCGAAUCUCGCAAGGACGCGAGCAAAGCGGUGUCGUAUUGCCGGUUUCCUCCCGACGGCAUCCGUGGAUCGGCGCACACGGUCGUGCGAGCUUCAAAGUACGGAAUCGACGAAGGGUAUUUAGGUAGUUACCAGGACGAGCUCCUGAUCAUGUGCCAGGUGGAGUCAGCUGAAGGAGUGAAGAAAGCAGAUGAAAUCUCAGCCGUCGAUGGUGUUGACUGCGUGCAAAUGGGGCCGUUGGAUCUCAGCGCGAGCAUGGGAUACUUGUGGGACCCAGGACACAAGAAAGUGAGAGAGAUGAUGAGGAAAGCGGAGAAAUCGGUGCUGUCGUCAGAUCCGACGAAAGGUGGGGCCUACUUGUGUGGUUUCGCCAUGCCACACGACGGACCAGCCGCGAUCCGGGAACGUGGUUACAACAUGGUCGCCGGAGCCGUCGAUAUAGGGCUGUUCAGGAACGCAGCUGCAGAAGACGUGAGGAGAUUCAAGAUGGGACUGGUCAACGACUCGGACGGUGAGGAUUCGUUGGAUAGCGGAAAGGAUGUUGACGAUGAAAAGUACUGGAGCGAAUAA